GGCACCUUUUCUAAGAAACGCUGCACGGAGGCUGUUGCAGAGUUUUUAUAGGACUAUGGAGGAAAAUGGUACAGAAACUGAGAAGCUGCUGAAGAGGGUUCAGGAGCUGGAAGAUACUGUGCAAAGUUUGCAAGAAAAACUCCUAGAGAGGACGGAGACCACAGGCACAGGAAGAGCCCCUCCAACAGCUGGAAAAACUAAGAAGCGCCAGCAGCGGCCAUUUGAUUUUAGUGCUUCUGGCCGGAGACAUGUAGCUCUGAAGAUAGCCUACCUGGGCUGGGAAUACCAGGGCUUUGCUAGCCAGGAGAACACCACCAAUACUAUUGAAGAGAAACUGUUUGAGUCUCUAAUCAAAACCCGGCUGGUGGAGAGCAGGCAAUCUUCUAAUUAUCAUCGCUGUGGGCGCACAGACAAAGGAGUCAGUGCCUUUGGACAGGUGAUCUCCCUGGAUCUCCGCUCAAACUUUUCAGAGAAGACAGUAGAUGAACCUGGGAUUACCACAAAAGACAAAGCUAGCAGUACAUCUGAGGAGAUCCGCUACACCCAUAUUUUAAAUCGGGUGCUCCCUCCUGACAUACGAGUACUGGCCUGGGCCCCAGUAGAUUCCAACUUCAGUGCGAGAUUCAAUUGCCUGAAGAGGACAUAUCGCUACUUUUUCCCUCAUGGUGACUUGGAUGUAGCUCUCAUGAAUACUGCAGCACAGAGAUUUGUGGGAACUCACGACUUUCGUAAUCUAUGCAAAAUGGAUGUAGCUAAUGGUGUGACCAAUUUUCAAAGAACAAUUCUCAAUGCAGAGGUGCAGCCUGUGGAUAGAGAGAUAACCAAGCAACAAGACCCUUUCCGAAUGUACCAGUUUGAAGUGACAGGCCAGGCGUUCCUCUAUCAUCAAGUCCGUUGUAUGAUGGCUAUCCUCUUCCUGAUUGGACAAAGGAUGGAGAAGCCAGAAAUCAUUGACGAGUUACUGGAUAUAGAGAACAAUCCUAGAAAACCACAAUACAGCAUGGCAGUGGAAUUUCCUCUGGUCCUCUAUGACUGCGAGUUUGAAAACCUCCAAUGGAUCUAUGACCGUGAAGUCCAGGAGUUUAACGUUACUCAUUUACAGCAGCUAUGGGCUAACCAUGCUGUUAAAUCUCAUAUGCUGCACAGCAUGUUACAGGGACUAGAUUUUGUUGGAAUACCCACAGGUUUAAGCAAUGACACUACAAUUCCUUGGAAAGAAAUAAAACCUCCAGUUCACAACCAAAUCAGUGCUUUGAUCGAGGGAGUAAAAGCCCGCAACUACAAACCGUUAAUGGAUCGCCCCAAAUGUGAAGGUUUGGAGUCUCGCAUCAGUCACUUUGUGCGUCGAGGACGCAUUGAACUUCCACACUGCAAGAAAAUAAAGCACACUGAAACAGAAGCAAAUGAACAGGUGAAAAUUAAGAGCAGUUUCCAUGAUAUUGGAGAGAAGGACCAUGAAGUUUUAGAAAAAGCUGCAAAGAGGAUUUGUGUGAGUGCAGACUGAUGUUUCUAUUUCUGGGACUACCUCUUUAUACAUAUCUAUGCAUGUAUUGAUACAACACUCUUCAUUUGUGGAGAUACU